AUGACAUCAUCAGCCGGAGUUCCACCCGGAUUCCGGUUUCAUCCAACGGAUGAGGAGCUCUUGUAUUACUAUUUGAGGAAGAAGGUUACCUAUCAGAAGUUUGAUUUGGAGGUGAUAAGGGAAGUGGACUUGAACAAGAUGGAGCCAUGGGACUUGCAAGAGAGGUGUAGAAUAGGAGCAACCCCUCAGAAUGAAUGGUACUUCUUCAGUCACAAGGACAAGAAGUAUCCAACUGGUUCAAGGACAAACAGGGCCACAAGUGCAGGGUUUUGGAAAGCCACAGGAAGGGACAAGUGCAUAAAGAACAGUUAUAAGAAGAUUGGGAUGAGGAAGACACUUGUUUUUUACAAAGGGAGAGCUCCUCAUGGACAAAAGACUGAUUGGAUCAUGCAUGAGUACAGGUUGGAGGAGAACAAUGAGGAAGACGGUUGGGUGGUGUGCAGAGUUUUCAAGAAAAAGAACUUCUUCAAAGUUCCCCAAGAAGCAAGCACAAGCCUAAGCAUGGAGCAAGAAAGCAGCAACAUAAUGAAUCAUGGUGUAGACAGAGAAAGUGUAGAGAGAGAAGGAAGCCACAGGGGGCUCCAAUACAAUCACCACCUGCACCACCACAACCAACCUGCCUUUGAUCUCUACAAGCCCCCUGAGCUUGGCCUCCAAUUCACCAACAUGAACCCAAGCCAUGAUUUGCAAAUGCAGGUCCAAGCACAGAUCCAGAGCCAAAGGCCACCUCUCGGCUACGACUUCUCAGGAUUGUCGGCAUCCUCAGAGACCAUUGCUAAGCCAUUUUUGCAGAUUCAAAGGCCGUGCGAAGGGGAAAGUUUCUCAAAAAAUUUGAGUUAUCAAGCUUGUGACAAUGGCAUGAACAUGAACAUGGCUCAAUGUGGGGCUCCACAGGAGAUGGUGGAGAUGAGAGAGGAUAAUUUGAAUGACUGGUCUGCUCUCCUUGUAGGCUCCCAUUUGAGCGGUGAGGAUUCGUCGAAGGCAAUGAGAUACUCGGAUGCAAAUGCAGCGAGCAACACGAUCAAUCCGGCUCCAUUGCGGAAUGAGAUUGAUCUCUGGAACUUUGCGAAAUAA